CCUAGUUAUUCCACCUAGAUGCACCGCUAGAUGUGACUUGAAUCCCACAUGCUUGAGCCGAGCUUGGGGUCGGGUCACAUUCCCCUGUGACCACCUUAAGCCGAACUCUCGCCUCGACAUCAGUGCCUUGGAACAAUUAUCUAGCUUUAUUCCCAUUAACUUCUUAUCUUGAACCAGUGCUGCAGUGAUUACAAGAAUAUCUGUUUCCAAUAUCUCUCGUUUAUUUCGUCACAAUGGUUCUACAAUACGCAAGGACAACUGUUAGAGCCUCCCUUUGCAGGUACAGGCAUCUCUCUACCCGCCAGUUCUCAGCACAGGCUACGCUUCGGCAGGAGGUUCGAGAUGCUUACAUUCUGAGUGCCUCGAGGACACCAACUGCGAAAUUUAAUGGCUCCUUCGUCACGGUUUCUGCCCCGAGACUAGGCGCAGUCGCCAUCAAGUCGGCCCUCGAAAAGUCCAAAGUUCCUGUCGAGAAGAUCACAGACGUCUAUAUGGGCAAUGUAUUACAGGGCAAUAUUGGACAAGCUCCUGCCAGACAAGCAGCCAUCUUUGCGGGUCUGCCCGCAUCCGUGGAAGCUAUAACGAUCAACAAGGUGUGCGCCUCCGGCUUGAAGGCAGUCGUUUUUGCGGCGCAGAACAUCCAGCUCGGAUUGAGUGAGGCCCAGAUUGCUGGUGGAAUGGAGAGCAUGUCACAGGUGCCAUAUUACGUGCCACGAGCGAGUGGCCUGCCCCCAUUUGGCCAUGUCAAAAUGGAGGAUGGACUGCUCAAGGAUGGCUUGACGGACGUGUACGACCAAAUCCACAUGGGCAUUUGUGCCGAGACGACGGCCAAGAAGCACGAAAUUACUAGAGAAAUGCAGGACCAGUAUGCAAUCCAGUCGUACGAGCGCGCACAAGCUGCGUGGAAAGCGAAGGCUUUUGCCGAGGAGAUCGCCCCGGUCACAGUGAAAGGACGGAAGGGCGAGACCGUCAUUGAUACUGAUGAAGGGUACUUGGAUGUCAAGUUCGACAAGGUCCCCACCCUGAAGCCAGCGUUCAUCCGGGACGGCACUGGUACGGUGACUGCAGCCAACUCGUCCACUCUGAACGACGGUGCCAGUGCUUUGGUUCUGGGUAGCAAAGCGAUCGCUCAGCAGUACGGUGGUGGGUCCAGAGUGUUGGCACGGAUAUGUGGCGCCGCAGAUGCGGCGAUGGACCCCAUCGACUUCCCUGUUACGCCGGCUAAGGCCGUUCCAAUCGCUCUCAAACGCGCUGGUAUUACAAAAGACCAGGUCGCCAUUUGGGAGUUCAAUGAAGCCUUUGCAGCCGUCAUCAAGGCUAACGAAAAGAUUCUGGGCCUCAAAAGCGCCAAGGUCAACCCGCUUGGAGGUGCUAUCUCACUAGGGCACGCCUUGGGAAGUUCCGGCUCCCGUAUACUCACAACCUUGCUCCAUCAACUCAAGCCUGGAGAGUACGGGGUUGCUGCUAUUUGCAAUGGAGGUGGUGCGGCAACGGCUAUCGUCGUGCAACGGAUCGAGUCUGUAUGAGUGGAAAACUACUACCCCGCAAUACAACUUACAACUGAAUAAAAUUUACACUUCCAAUAUUCUCAAAAUUGGGCAUACAAAAACAGAAGCGUAGGGACGUGUCACUUGGUACGCUUGUACCCUCGCACGCCCUGGCGGCCUAGUCGAACAAGCUGGUAAAGAUAAUGGGAGCAACAGUU